AUGCCCGCCACUCCGCCAGCAGCAGCAGCCAGCCGACCGGUCAGCCGCCCGCCACUCUGCCAGCAGCAGCAGCCAGCCGACCGGUCAGCCGCCCGCCACUCUGCCAGCAGCAGCAGCCAGCCGACAGGUCAGCCGCCCGCCACCAAAGUAUGUGAAGUGGAUUCAUCCAGCACUGUUCCACCUUGCGUCCCUCCUUUGGAACCACUCCCAGGACCUUCAUCAUCUGUGGACGUCCCUCGCACCUCCGCUGGAGGACAGGCUAAUGGCAGUGGCACCAGGAGAACAGGCCCACCUCCAGCAAAAAGAAGAGUGCUCAUACCAUCACCUCCACCACCUGAAAUCUCUUCGCACACCUCAGCUGUGCAACAAUCAUAUUCAGAUGCCAGAUCCAGCAGGCAGAGAGCAAGUGCAGCGGAGAAGUGCCCAGCCCCAUCACCACCUGCAGCACUGGAGAGAUGGUUUGACAAGUCCGAGGAAGACGAGCAGCCUCGUCCACUGCAGUUUCGCCCCAGGAGGACCCCAGGAGUUCAGCUGGAUUUUCAGACAGACUACAGUGCCUCUGAUAUUUUCCAGCUGUUCUUCAGUAAAGAGGUGAUCCGUACCCUGUGCAGCAACACCAACAAAUAUGCGGCACGGAGAAGCGUGCAGGGCAUCAAGAGGCAGUGGACAGAUGUAAAUGCUGAUGAAAUGCUUAAAUUUCUCAGCAUAACCAUCUAUAUGGGACUGAUGAAGCCUUCCGCUACCCGGGACCUGUGGAGGAAGGACCGCUUGCACAGCCAUCCAUUUCCUGCUUCUGUGAUGGCUGGGUACCGGUAUGAGGCUAUCUCUGCAUACCUGCACAUGAGUGACCCAGAUGCAGAUGUCAAAAAUGAUCAGCUCAGAGGUCAGCCUGAGUACGAUGGUCUCUUCCGGCUGAAGCCACUUCAGGAACAGAUCUUGGCUGCCUGCAGGGCCUACUACCAGCCACACCAGAACCUCUCUAUUGAUGAGCGCAUGGUGGCCACCAAGGCAAGAAUCAGGAUGAAGCAGUACAUGAAGGACAAGCCCACCAAGUGGGGGUACAAGCUCUUCAUCCUGGCUGACAGCUGCAGUGGCUACACAUGUGACUUCAGUGUAUACGAGGGGAAGGCAAGGAAACCAACAGGAAAUGGCCUGAGCUUCGACGCUGUUGUCAGUCUGCUCCAUGUGCCCUCUCUGGGCACAGGGUACACGGUGUAUGUUGACAACUUUUACACCAGCUCAAUGCUCUUCCGUCACCUGCACAGAAUUGGUUUUGGGGCCUGUGGAACCAUCCGUGAGACCAGGAUAGGCUUCCCCAAAACAACAGCCAAUGCCCUGCCAAAAAAAGCAGACCGUGGUGAGAUGCGAUGGAUCAGGGAUGGCCCACUGCUGUUUGUAAAGUGGAGGGUCACACGCGAUGUCACAAUGUGCUCCACUGUCCACAAAGCUUACAGCGGGCAGUCUGUGCAGCGUCGUGUCAGAAGCAAAAAUGGAACCUGGUCCACCCAACAGAUCUCUGUGCCGGAACCUGUGAAAGCAUACAACAAGUUCAUGGGGGGAGUUGACUUGUCUGAUGCUCUCAUAAAGUACUACUCUGUGACACAGAAGACCAGGCGUUGGUAUGUGAAGCUGUUUCUUCAUUUUGUUGACAUUGCCGUGGUGAACAGCUUCAUCAUCCAUAAGGAGAUGGCCCUGGCAAGGCAGCAGAAGUCUCUCAGCCAGAAGAGCUUCAGGGAGGUGUUGUGUAUGGAACUGGCUGAUGUUGGGCAGCCACAGGUAUCCAUACCUGCAGAAGUCCCCAGUGAGCCAUCGAUGCCUCCAAGUCCAGAGUGUGGACCACAGGGGUGCUUCCCUGUUCCAGUGCCUGACAUGUCCACUGAGAAUCGGCUGAAAGCCACACAAGGCAGAAGGAAAUGUGUGCACUGCAAGAUGAAAACAAUGUUCAUGUGUAGAUCGUGCAGUGUUCCACUCUGCAUAAUUGUGGACCGAAUGUGCUUUACAGAGUGGCACGACCAGAAGAGCUCUUAG